GCAUAGUAUUAGUAGACACAAAUUUUGCUCGGAGUAAAAACUUGGGAAUAGAGCGAGACAGAGACUCUGAGUGAGAGAGAGAGACGAAGAUGGAGGCAGACGAAAGCGGCAUCUCUCUGCCGUCGGGACCCGACGGACGUAAGCGGCGAGUCAGUUACUUCUACGAGCCGACGAUCGGAGACCACUACUACGGUCAAGGACAUCCGAUGAAACCUCACCGGAUCCGUAUGGCUCAUAGCCUAAUCAUUCACUAUCACCUCCACCGUCGCUUAGAAAUCAGUCGCCCUAACCUCGCUGACGCCUCCGAUAUCGGCCGGUUUCAUUCGCCGGAGUAUGUCGAUUUCCUCGCUUCCGUAUCGCCGGAAUCUAUGGGCGAUCCUUCCUCUGCACGAAACCUAAGGCGAUUCAAUGUCGGUGAGGAUUGUCCAGUCUUCGAGGGGCUUUUUGAUUUUUGCCGUGCUUCCGCCGGAGGUUCUAUUGGUGCUGCCGUCAAAUUAAACAGACAGGACGCUGAUAUCGCUAUCAAUUGGGGCGGUGGCCUUCACCAUGCUAAGAAAAGCGAGGCCUCUGGGUUUUGCUAUGUAAAUGACAUCGUUCUAGGGAUUCUGGAGUUGCUUAAGAUGUUUAAGCGGGUUCUCUACAUAGAUAUCGAUGUCCACCAUGGAGAUGGAGUGGAAGAAGCGUUUUACACCACUGAUAGAGUUAUGACUGUUUCGUUCCACAAAUUUGGGGACUUUUUCCCUGGAACUGGUCACAUAAGAGAUGUUGGCGCAGAAAAAGGGAAAUACUAUGCUCUAAAUGUUCCGCUAAACGAUGGUAUGGAUGAUGAAAGUUUCCGCAGCUUGUUUAGACCUCUUAUCCAGAAGGUUAUGGAAGUGUAUCAGCCAGAGGCAGUUGUUCUUCAAUGUGGGGCUGACUCGUUAAGUGGUGAUCGGUUGGGUUGCUUCAACUUAUCAGUCAAGGGUCACGCUGAUUGCCUUCGGUUCUUAAGAUCGUACAACGUUCCUCUCAUGGUCUUGGGUGGUGGAGGGUAUACUAUUCGAAAUGUUGCUCGUUGCUGGUGUUAUGAGACUGCAGUUGCUGUUGGAGUAGAGCCAGACAACAAACUCCCUUACAAUGAGUAUUUUGAGUAUUUUGGCCCAGAUUAUACGCUUCAUGUUGACCCAAGUCCAAUGGAGAAUUUAAAUACGCCAAAAGAUAUGGAGAAGAUAAGGAACACAUUGCUGGAACAACUUUCGGGACUAAUACACGCUCCUAGCGUCCAGUUUCAGCACACACCACCAGUCAAUCGAGUUUUGGACGAGCCGGAAGAAGACAUGGAGCAAAGACCAAAGCCUCGCAUUUGGAGUGGAACUGUGACUUAUGAAUCAGACAGUGACGAUGAUGAUAAACCUCUUCAUGGUUACUCAGGUCGUGGUGGCGCAAUUAUGGACAGGGACUCUACAGGUGAAGAUGAAAUGGAAGACGAUAACCCAGAGCCAGACGUGAAUCCCCCAUCAGCAGCCAUGGCCAGGGAGCUUGUGUCUCUCCAAUAUUUCCGACCACCGCUUCACAUAUCUCGACAUUUCCUCAACCUCUCUCCUCCUCCUUCAACUCUCAAUCUCCGGCCAAAACCUCCGCAAAUCCCAAUCCUUCUCCGAACCCACUCUCGCCGCACCAAAACUUCCGCCGACGACGACGGAAUCCCAGCAGACGACGUCAAAACCAUCGCCAAAUUCAAAUCCCGUCACAAUUACAUUAGAGUCAUUGAAGUUUCCCGAAAGACCAAUCACCCACUCGCUGGUUCUCGUCUCCUCCUUCUCGAUAAUCCCGGUAACAUCCAUAGCAUCUCUUUCCUUCUUAAAACCUUAACCGAUAGCUACUUCGACGUUUUCGCUACUCUGCCUCCGAUUAUACCUCCCGGACCAAUCGGUAUUCUCGGAUUCGGAGCUGGUUCAACAGCUCGAUUGAUUCUCGAGCUUUACCCUCCUGAAAUCGCUAUCCAUGGAUGGGAACUUGACCCUUCUGUGAUUGACGUUGGUAGAGAGUUCUUUGGCCUCUCUAAGCUCGAAAGAGCUCAUAAAGAUAGGAUUUUUAUCAACAUUGGCGAUGCUUUGAACGCUAGUGUUAAAACCGGGUUUUCGGGUAUUUUAGUGGAUUUGUUUAGUAAAGGGAGUGUGAUCAAAGAGCUUCAAGAUCCUCAAGUGUGGGAGGAUUUGAAAUGUAGGUUGAGGAAUAGAGGGAGGAUUAUGGUGAAUGUUGGAGGUAAAUGUGUGGAAGCUGAGGAUUCUGAGAGAGAUGGAGGUUUGGUUAUGGAGGAAACGUUGAAAGCUAUGAGUCAGGUUUUUGGAGAUAAGGUCUUUGUUCUAACGCUUGGGAAUGGGAAUGAUAGCUCGGUGGCUCUCACGGGCGAUUUACCGGAUCUUGAUGCGUGGAAGAAGAGAUUACCGCGUAGUGAAUUGAGAAGUUAUGUUGAUAUGUGGAUACCUUAUAGAGAAUUCAGCUCGAGAUAUUAGCCUUAGAUGAUAUUGGUUGGUAAUUAGUUUUUGUGAUGGAUGCUGCAAUGUGUUUGGAAUUUCAAGCUAUGAUGAAACUUGAUUAGCUAAUACACAAAACUUGUUCUGUCUCAGAGAGUGUUACAAGUGUACAAAUUAUUGCUUGACCAUUGUGUCUUUAUUGUUGAUGAAUCUUAAGGUUGUCUAUUUCUGUCACGGGGAUUGAGAUUACUCAUUACUGUUAUGUAUGAUUUGUUCUGGUAUUUUGAACCUAAAUUCGACAAUGAUCUUUGUAUCUGUUUAAAUGAAAUCAAAGGUAUGGGCAGUU